AAAUCCAAACCAGGACCUUAAUAAACCACAAGGGGAACACUGACCUCAGACCAGCGUUUAAACCCCACGUCUUCCUGCCCAGACACUGACACUCCGUCCAGAAUUCCUCUGGACUCCAGCUGUCCAUCCAUCCAUCCGUCCAUCCAUCCAUCCGUCCAUCCAUCCAGCCGUCCAUCCAUCCAUCCAUCCAUCCAUCCAUCCACACCCCAGCCAGCCAUGGGUCUGAUGAGCGAGGACAUGGAGUGCUGUGUCUGCCUCCAGCCCUACUCUCGCAGGGAGAAGAUCCCUCGGAUGCUCCACUGUAAGCACACAUUCUGUGGGCUGUGCUUGCAGGCGAUGUCCAGGCUCCAAAGCGGCCUACUGACAGUCUGCUGCCCCCUGUGCCGUUGGAUCACCUGCACCGAGCCCAGCCUCACCCUGCCGGGGUCGCUGUGGGUUAACACUGAGAUCUGGGACCAGAUACUAGACAGACAACAGGAAGAGGAGGAGGAGGAAGAGUGGAAGGGAGCUAACAGACAGACACAGACCACUACACAGUACACAUGUUCUCCAUCAAGGCAUUGUGGCCUGAGGCUCAAACUACAGAAUUUCCUGAGGAGGAUGAAGCACAAUGUACUGUAAACCGAGAAGACGAAGAGCAGAGAAAAAG